AUGGACCCUGCUCAUCCUGCUAUUGCUGCACCUGCCUCAGCCCUGGCCCUAGCUCAGGCCUCAGCGCAAGACCCCGUGGCAUUCCCUGGCCUGUUAAGCCAGUUGCCCCUUUUCUCUGGACAAGAAGUACACAGGAGUGAAAGAGGAGCUUGUCUUUGGAGGCCUUGGCUGUCCCCUGCAAAUGACCUCCCAAGGCAGAUGAGGAAACUGUCAGAGUUGGCUGCCGGUGGGGCAACAGCUGCCGAGGUCACCAAGGCUGACUCCAAAUUCCAUCACCCUGUCAGGCUCUUCUGGCCUAAAUCCCGCUCCUUUGACUACCUGUACAGUGAUGGGGAGAUUUUACUGCAGAACUUCCCUGUCCAGGCCACCAUCAACUUAUAUGAAGACUCAGACAGUGACGAUAUGGAGGAGGAGGAAGAGGAGGAAGAAGAGGACAAAGAAGAGGAGGAGAAAGAGGAGGCAGAUGCAAACGAUCCAGAAGAGUGUGUGAGGGGAUUAAGGAAUCUGCUCAGUGUCACUGUCAACAUACGGCUAUCAAUAUAUGGUUGA